CAACGCUUGCAUGGGCCUCAAAAAAGGAGCGAAAACGAUUUUUUAUUAAUUUGUUCAUUCUAUACUUAUUAAUACAUAAAACUUUCUACGGAAUUGGUGUAUUCAAUUUUAUAUACAGUACAUUUGCAAUCAUUUAUCAACAAUAUUCUAUACAAUCAUGAUGUAUCUAAUUCCAUAUAGCUCCAUUAUUAUCUGUAAAACCAGGCCAUAGUAAUCCUCUUUACACAUUCUGACCUUCGUGUUGAAAAUGCUCGAUAUUUUCAUAAUUACAAGAGCUGUACUCAGACAGGUUAAUGUAUUCCUAACAAAUGGAAAAAUAAAAUACACAGUAAAAAAUAUUCAAACAACAAUGUUAAAUAUUAUUUCUAAUAUUAGAAACGAUCUUGUAGGCAGUGUCAAUAAUAACAAAACUUGGGUUGAUGCAAGCGAUGUGACUGCAUGAAAAUCAAUACGAGGAGGACUUCGAAGGCCCUCACUCGGGAAGGUCCAGACGUUAAGCUACUAACUUCUAAACGAAGGAUCUUCGCUCGGAACGUCAAAGUUCUAUUUUGUAUUUUUCAGGUAGUUGUGUAGGGCCCCUGCCCUUAGUUGUAUGAUUACGCAAGAAUCACGCGUGGGACACUCGCGGGACAAUAUAUAGAUUAACAGUUGCUUCGAGCACAUGUAAAACGAGAGUUUAUAUAGUUCACAUUUUGUUAGUAAUAAAAUAUAUAUCUUUUGCAAUCGUUAUGUUCCAUACGUGAAGGGAAAUAGGAGUAACAUUUUGGCGCCCAACGUGGGGCUGCCAACUGGUUUAGGGAUGGAAUUAAAGCCGAUUUUGGUGGAAAUAUAAGCGACAUUAUGUAAGACGAUACGAAAGGGUUUUGACUUUGCUGUAUUUGUUUAUACUAUGGAGAAUCUCGAGGAAUUACAACUAAAAGUGGAAGAGUUACUUUAUAAAAACGAUGUGGAUGUGUUAUUGCAAGCGGCCGAGAAGUUAAAGUAUGAAAAGAUCGAAGAAUUGAAAGAAAAGUCGAGGGGUCAGAUAAUAAAUUUAGUACGGAGAUGGCUUCAAGAAAUUGUCGAAGGAAUUGAAAGCCCGACGGCGAAAAAUCAACUUUUGAACGAUGUUUUUUUAACGCUUGGUGGCUCUCCUGAAUUAUCGCCAGUAAAUGAGAAAGAAGGAGAAUUGUCAAAGUUGCAACAGGAAUAUGAACAGUUAAAAAGCCAACAAGAGAAACAAUUGUUAGAAAUGCAAGCAAAGAUAGAUAAAUUGGAAAUUGGAGUUAAUGAUAAAUCUGCCAAAGUCAAAGUAAACAGCAGUGAAAACGCAUCAGUGAUUGAAGUGCCUUCAAGUACCCGGGCAUUGUUGAGAAGAGACUUUAAGAUAUCGGGGCAGAUUGGAGAACCAGGACAAGCAGAAAAACUGACAUAUAUCUCUCUCAAUCACCAGAUUGAAUCAGGGCUCAAACGAAAAUACACUGAGGAUGAAAUUGUCGAUGCAGUAAUCCGAGCUAUUUCACCACACACAAGCCUCCGUAGUUACAUUGAGACAAUGCCAGAACUUGGUCUUCCCCAACUACGAAAGAUCUUAAGGAUCCAUUAUUGCGAGAAGACAGCUUCAGAAUUGUACCAGCAACUAACUACAAUGUGCCAGAAACCCAAAGAAAGUGUGCAACAGUUCUUGUUAAGAAUUAUGGAUGCAAGAAAUAAAGUUGUUUUUGCUAGUAAGGAAGCAGACACUGAUUUCAACUAUGGUAGCCAGUUAAUCCAGAAUACUUUUCUGAAAGCUUUAGAAACUGGAAUUCGUGAUGAGUAUCUGACAACUAGUUUACGACCAAUUCUACGAAAGGACGGUGUGUCUGAUGAGGAACUUAUGCGAAGCAUCAAUGAACUUGCCUCCCAAAAGACCGAGAGAGAAAACAAGCUUGGUUUAACAGAGAGGCUGUCUGCGAAAAGUGCCAAGGUGAGUUCUGUUGAGGGGGCAAAGGGGAAAAAGGGGACAUCCCCAGAAGCCAGUGAAAAACAGGACCUCCUCGCAGAGAUCAAGGAAAUAAAGUCUGAAUUAAGUUCCCUUAAAGCAAAGGUUGAGGAACAGGUGUCUAAGAGUAAUGCACCGUUCCAGCCAAGAUAUCCACGGGGUUGCCCCAAAUGUAGAAGAGAAAACAAUGGAAAUACUUGCAGACAUUGUUUUAUUUGCUGUCAGGCUGGACAUUUAGCCGGUCACUGCCCACAAAGGAAGGCGGAAAACGAACAGGGGCCAUUUCCGAGGGACAGGAGAUGGCCAAGAACAUAGAACAAACGUCCCCUCAAUGUGCGUUUUGCAAAAAACUCCAUGUACAUGACACUAUCCUUUGUUGUAAACAAUGCAAAGCUGUUUAUUAUUGUGACCGGGAAUGUCAAAGGAAACAUUGGCAUGAUCACAAAGCAACAUGUGUUGCCUUGCAAAGCAUUAAUCACAAGGAUAUGAAAGACAAUGCAAACUUGGAAUUCUUUGCAACCCACCUGACUCCAAGUCAACAGAAUAAACUGGUACAGAUAAUUAGUAGAAAAUGCAUAGUAUUGGGGAAAUUAGACAAUAAAGAAGUUAAUGUGCUUUGGGACACAGGGGCCCAAGUGUCUUUGGUUUCAGAAAGGUUUUUGACACAAAGUCACCCAAUAAAACAAAUAAGAAGUUUGUCGGAACUUGUCGAGACUGACCUAAAACUCACAGCAGCAAAUGGUAGUGUUAUACCAUAUAUUGGUUGGGUUGAAUUAGCAUUUACCUUGUCUUCAAAGAACACUCAGGUACGUGUGCCAUUUUUGGUUACAACUGAAACAAUUGAGCACCCAAUAAUAGGCUACAAU